AGGAGGUAGGCAAUCAAUCUAAUCGCGGGCCACCAUCACGAUCUCCGCAUUAUAAGCUCUCUUUCCUCUCAUCGUCUGACUCGUCGAGCUUGUCUGCAACUAUUCGCUUCUGUCAUUUUUGCCCUGAGUACAAUUACUGGCGUUGGCACCUGGUCAUCUAUCCAGCCAGGUCGGUCGUAGCAAUUUCUCGAAGCGCCGCUUGCAAAGAUAAAACCAAGAUGUCUUCGUUCUCUACGAGCCCUGAAGUGAUUCGGAUAGCCAUCGUGGGCGUGGGCCUGGUCGGUGGCGAGUUCAUCAACCAGCUCCUCCAAUUCCCCGCACCCAGCCCCUUCCGGAUUGUCGCCCUCGCUUCGAGCAAAGGCACUCUCUUCCACCCCGAUGGCCUCAGCAUCACGCUCACCUCAUGGAAAGACCAGCUUGCGCGGUCAGGCCUCAAGCCCGACCUGGCUUUCUUGAGCCGGGAGCUGUUCGAGCUGGUCCGACCGGGGCAGGACGUGGUGUUCGUGGACAACACGUCCUCGAACGAGGUGGCGGCGAUGUACCCGCAGCUACUGAGAGAGGGCAUCCACGUCAUCACACCGAAUAAGAAGGCGUUUUCUGCGGAGAUGGAUUUGUACGAGAGGAUCAUGUCCGCGAGCCUGGAGAGCGGGGCACGGUUCCUAAACGAGGCGACGGUUGGUGCUGGCCUGCCCAUCAUCUCAACGUUAAAAGAUCUGGUUGCUACGGGAGAUAAGGUCACAAAGAUCGAGGGUGUGCUCUCAGGAACAAUGAGCUACAUCUUUAAUGAAUUCUCGACCGGCAAGGACGGUGGACCAAGCUUCUCCUCUGUCGUAAAGAUUGCACGAGAAAACGGAUAUACAGAACCACAUCCCGCUGACGAUUUGAACGGUGCCGAUGUCGCGCGCAAGCUGACCAUCCUAUCCCGCUACCUUCCCACCCUCCGCUCUGCGCUCCCAGAAGGAUACAAGUCCGUCAGCACGCGGUCUCUGGUACCGGCUGCGCUCGAGUCGGUGCAGACGGGCGACGAGUUCAUCCAGCGCCUUCCCGAGUUCGACGUACAAUACGAUGCGAUGCGCGCGGAGGCAUCCCGUGAGAACAAGGUACUUCGCUUCGCCGGUGUGAUUGAUGUUGCAUCGGGGACGAUUAAGGCAGACCUAGAGAAGUACCCGGUGACACAUCCAUUCGCUACGGCGCUGGGAGGGUCAGAUAACAUCAUUAUGUUCCAUACGGAGCGGUAUGGCGCGAGGCCCCUGGUCAUUCAGGGCGCUGGAGCGGGUGCGGCUGUGACUGCCAUGGGCGUCAUGAGCGACUUACUGAAGCUCGUAUAAUGAAUGAUUUUACGACAUCAUUGAUGACUUGGUGCUGCGAUCAUAUCUUUUCCUCGGCUUCUUGUCUAAAUCCGCACAGCGAGAAGCUGCAUUCUGCGACUGGCUAUCGUGCUUGCUCGGUGUUGAUGGUAGUCUGCAUCCGAGACUGUUCAUCAUGAUUGUGUUGCACUCUGCCUGACAACAUAGAAGAACGUUGACCGUUGCGUCGAACAGGAAAUGCAAUGCACAAUGUAUCUAUACGCGCCGCAGUGAUCUUCUGUAGAGCUUUGCACGCAAAGGUUACUUGGUCUGUAGGGAUCAUUAUGUAACGUGAAGCCGCGUUAAGAGGCGAUAACAAUGUUGAAGCUGUUGCUGGUG